GUUCUGCUGGGAGCAGAGACAAGCGGCCUGCUCUGCUCUCCGGCUGAGGGCGAGGUGACCCGGUCAGCUCCCCGACGGCAGCCUGCCCUGCUCUCCGGAGGGGCGGCGGCGGCCGUCCGCCGGCCCCGGCCCGGCCGGCCCGGCCGCCAUGCCGUCCUCCCUGCGCGACGAACGCUCCAGCCGCGGCUCUCGGGAUACCAGUCCGGCCACCGGCUCGGCGCGCGGCUCGGCGCGCGGCUCCAGCUCCGCGGCGCCGCGCACAUCGCACAGACGAAAAACGGCACGAGCGCUGAUCGAGGGUUUGCAUCUCCAUGAAGCCAUAAUUCGGAGUGACCUUACGGCCAUUGAGAGCAUUCUCAAGGCCCGGGUGGAUGUCAACCUCAAAUACAAGGGUAUCACGCCCCUGAUGAGGGCGGCCAAACGGGGGGACGUGGACGCCGUCAAACUGCUGCUCGCCGCCAAAGCCGACAUCGACGCCUCCAACAAGAGACAGGAGCGGGCCGUGCACCUGGCAGCCUCGGCCGGUCACCUGGAGGUGCUCAAACUGCUCAUCCACAGCGGCGCCGACCUCACCGUGCUCAACAAGCGUGGCCAGAACUUUUUGUUCGCGGCCGUGGUGGCCGGCCGGGACGCGGUGAUCCGGUUUGUGCUGGAGCACCUGGAGCACUACGACCUGCGCUCGGUGGACGGCCAGGGCUGGUCGCUGCUGCACGCGGCCGCGCACCACGGUCACCGCGAGGCCGCCCAGCUGCUGCUCGACACCGGCUGCCGCGCCGACGCCACCGACACGCUGGGUCGGACGCCGCUGCACGCCGCCUGUGCCGAGGCGCAGCCGGAGGUGGUGCGCCUGCUGCUGCGCCAGGAGCCGCUCGGCGGCGCCGACCGGACCGACCAGCGCGGCAGCUCGUGCCUCCACCUGGCCGUCCAGAGCCAGUCACGGCCCGUCACAGAGCUCCUGCUGGCUGCCGCCGCCGACGUCGAUGUCGCCAACCAGGACGGUGAGACGCCUCUCCAUUUAGCGGUACGUAGCGGCAGCGACGAACUGGUCGGAGUCCUCUUGGCCGCCGGCUGUAACGUGGCAGCCACCUCCAAGACUGGCAACACGGCGUUGCACUUGGCAGCAAUAGCGGAGUCGUUUGCAAUUUCCCGCAGUCUUCUGAAGAAGGGCAUCGACGUCAAAGCACAAAACAAGAGGGGUGAGACUGCGCUCCACCUGGCCGCCGAGACCGGUAACGAGGAGCUGUGUCGACUGCUGCUGGACCACGGCGCCUCCCUGGUAACCAAGGAACAGGGAGGGCGGACUGCCCUGCAUGUGGCGGCCCGGGGCGGGUUCGACACUCUCGUGGAUAUCAUGAUCUGCCAUACGCGCUCGAAAAGAGGCCACAAGGACAUCUCUUCGACCACCUUCCUGGAGGAGGAGACGCACCUGAAGCUGCUGAUGCUGCCGCCCAUCAUCCGCGUCACCUGGCUCAACAACAACCAGUCGGAGCGGGUGGAGGAGCUGAUCCGCGCCGUGGCCAACCGCUACCUGCCGCGAGGGAAGUGGAAGGUGCUGGCGCGCCACUGGCACUUCUCAGAGGACCAGAUCGAGGCCAUCGAACACCAGUUCGUCGGACCGGAGAGCUACAAGAGCCACGGCUACCGCGUACUGCGGCUGUGGUACCGGUCGCUGGGCCACGAGACGGACCCCAUCCACGUGCUGCAGGACAGCCUGGCCAGCGUGGGCGCCGACCCGGGCAUCGAUCUUUCAGAACUGUCGGCCAACGAAGAGGAGAUGCAAAAGUUUGCCUCGCUGAAGCCGGGCGCGGUGGGGACGGACUCGCACUGCCCCGGCCGCUGCUCCUGUGCCAUUUUGUAGCCGAGGGUGCUGGACGCGGGCCGUUCAAUGCUUCUUACUCAGUGUUUUUCAAUGGUGUGAAAUGAAUCAUCUAGGUGUACAAUCGAUUUUCUAUUAUAAAUACAUGUGGAUGCUACCGUU